AUGUCUAUCCGAGGCCUGAAGAAGAAACAACCAAAGACAUUUAAAGUCAAAAUUAUAACAGUGGAUGCUGAAAUGGAAUUCAGCUGUGAGAUGAAGUGGAAGGGAAAGGACCUGUUUGACUUGGUGUGCCGAGCACUUGGUUUAAGGGAGACCUGGUUCUUUGGCUUGCAGUAUACAAUGAAGGGAAUGUGUACGUGGUUAAAGAUGGACAAAAAGGUUUUAGAUCAAGAAAUCCCCAAAGAAGAUCCCAUUAGCUUUCAUUUUUUGGCUAAAUUCUACCCAGAGAAGGUAGAAGAGGAACUGUUACAGGAAAUUACCCAGCAUUUAUUCUUCCUUCAGGUGAAGAAACAGAUACUGGAUGAAGAAAUCUAUUGCUCUCCAGAGGCAACAGUUUUACUGGCUUCUUAUGCUGUUCAGGCCAAGUAUGGUGACUACGACCCGAACUUUCAUGAGCCAGGCUUUCUAGCCCAUGAUGAACUUUUACCCAAACGGGUCCUCAGGCAGUAUCAGUUGACAGCAGAGAUGUGGGAAGAAAAGAUUACUGCUUGGUAUGCUGAGCACAGGGGUAUUGCUAGGGAUGAAGCUGAGAUGAACUACUUGAAAAUUGCCCAAGACUUGGAAAUGUAUGGUGUCAAUUAUUUUCCCAUUGCUCAAAAUAAAAACCAUACAGAUCUCCUACUUGGAGUUGAUGCCAAAGGUAUUCAUAUCUACAGCAUUAAUAACAGGUUCUCUCCAAAUAAGUCAUUUGAGUGGAGUGCUAUCAGAAACAUUUCCUAUAGUGAGAAGGAGUUAACUAUUAAACCUCUUGACAAAAAAGCAGAAGUCUUCAAGUUUUUUUCCUCUCAGCUAAAAGUAAACAAAUUGAUUUUGCAGUUGUGCAUUGGAAACCACGACCUGUUUAUGAGGAGAAGAAAAGUGGACUCAAUAGAGAUCCAGCAAAUGAAAGCACAAGCUAGGGAAGAAAAGGCUAGAAAAAAGAUGGAGAAUCAAAGGCUGGCCAGGGAGAAGCAGCUCCGAGAAGAAGCUGAGCGAGCCAAAGAAGAGCUGGAAAGGCGUCUUUUCCAGCUGGAAGAUGAAGCCAGGCAGGCCAAUGAGGCCCUGCUCCGAUCCCAGGAAGCGGCAGAGCUGCUGGCAGAGAAAGCUCAGAUUGCGGAAGAGGAGGCUAAACUGCUGGCCCAGAAUGCUGCAGAAGCAGAGCAAGAGCGACAGAGGCUGGAGAUAACAGCUCUGAAAACCAAGGAGGAGAAACGCCUGAUGGAGCAAAAGAUGCGGGAGGCAGAGCUGAUAGCAGUGAAGCUGGUGAAGGAGUCUGACCGGAGAGCCAAGGAAGCAGAGCAUCUGAAACAAGAUCUGCAUGAAGCCAGGGAGGCUGAACGGAAAGCCAAGCAGAAGCUAUUAGACAUCACCAGGCUUAAUUAUCCUCACAUGGUCAAGUACCCGCAAUAUUUGCCAACGGACACUAGAGAUGCCAACUUUGACAAAGGGUCCAUCAAGCUGGAUUUGAAGGAUGUUGACCUGAAGAGACUCUCCUUUGAGAUAGAGCGAGAGAGGCUAGAUUACUUAGAAAAGAGCAAAAAAUUUGAAGAUCGACUGAAAGAACUGAAGUCUGAAAUUCAUGCUUUGAAGCUAGAAGAAAAACAGUCUGGGCUUUACUCUCAUUGGACUGAAGUACUGGGAUCCUUGGAUCGCUCCUUAGGAAAUACCCCGUCAUGGAUGAAAACCUUCGAAACUGGAGAUUCAUUGGAUAUAAAUCUUCAAAGACCUUUCCCUGCUUACUCAUUAAAUACUACAAGCAGCUGGCCUUGUACCAACAAAAUUCAGCAUGCAGUGCCAGUGGAAAAGUCAUCUUUUCAAACAAGUUCCGCGGUUGCCAAUAGUGUAGGCACAGGAUCCAGAAAACAGAUUAUAAAGGUUCAACAGCAUGACUCGGAUGUGAUCUACAUUUGAAGAGUCUCGUCUCCUUACCAGACGGGUAGAACCUGAUUGCUGUCUGUUUGGCUGCUGCAAAAUGCACCUAUGCGAGGACAUUUGUGCAGCUCUGUCUCCUGACAGUCAUCGGCAUAAAGACGUGGUUCUAUCGUUAUUGGUGCCAUUUGGUUUCCAGGCAGGCAACAUAAGCUGGGAGCAUUAAAACUGCUGGUGUAAAAUGGCUAGUGUCUUUGGGUCCAACGGAAAACAUACAAACCCAAAGGAGCAUUGUUUACUUUUUAUGCACUUUUGAAAAAACACUUUACACUUCACUAAACCUUCCCCCUGGGUAUUUUUACACACUGACUUACCAGCAUGGUACUCUUUGUGUGUAGAAAGGAUGCCAGGCAGCAAGUGUCUUGGAGAUGUUUGGGAUGAGGAAAAAAAAAUAAAUUGUACGUGACC